AUGGCGUGCGAGGCGGGCUGGUGCGCGCUAGUCAGCACCGCCCACCCGCUCCGCUGCGGCCGCCGCGCCACCAGCCCUUUGCACCGCAGGGAGAACCUCUGCCUGGACAACAUCGACGGCGAGUGGUGGGGCGUGGCAGUCGAGCUUAUUGCCUUCGUGUAUUCCUUUGUCGCCGUCGCCAUUGUGGCCGACCGCCACCUCGUCGUGAGCCUGGAGACGCUGUGCGUGCGCUGGAACGUGCGCGAGGACGUCGCGGGCGCCUCCUUCAUGGCGCUCGGUAGUGCGGCGCCAGAGGUGAUCAUCAACGCAAUCUCGACGCUCAAGACGGUGCUGUCGACAGAGAAGCACGACGGGUACGUGGACGAGGGUGACGACGGCGACGACGCGGUCCUCGGCGUCGGCGCCAUCCUCGGCUCCGGCAUGAUCGCCUUCACCGCCAUCCCGGGCAUCUGCGGCGUCGCCGCCGGAGGGGCGGAGCCGCUGCUGCUGAAGCGGCGGCCGCUCGCGCGCGACUUGGUGACGUACCUGCUCUCGAUCUCGUGGCUGUGCUACAUCUUCAGCGACGGCCGCAUCGAGGCGGUCGAGGCUGCCGCCAUGCUCGCAGGCUACGUCUGCUACAUGCUGGUGGUGGUCUACGCGGCAGACGUGCGGCGGCUGUACCGCGUGCACUGGCUGGGCAAGGAGGACCGCCUCUCCGAGUCAUUCGUCAAGUCCUCCCGCGAGUCUUCCCGAGCUCCGUCCGCCCACGCGGACUCGUGCGGAGAGCGCACGCCGCUGCCUUCCCGUACCGACUCGGCGGUAGGCAGCCCCUACCACCUCCACCUCCACGUCGCGGAGUCGCCCUUCGCGCCCACCGCCGGCUCGUGCUACUCGGGGUCGUACUCGGGGUCGUACUCCCCGCCCGCCCACGCGCCCGCGCCGUCGCCGCCCGCCUCCUCCUUCCUGCCGGUCGCGGGCGGCGGGGCGGCGGGCAGCCCUGCGCCGGAGGGAGGGAGGUGGACUCCUCCGCGCGGCGAGGAGGAGAGCCCGCCAGCAGAGGGACCAGCAGAGGGACCAGCAGAGGGACCAGCAGGGGGACCAGCAGAUGGAGGGCCCAAGGGAGGGCUGGCACGCGCCGCCGCGGCAGCGCUCGCCGCCGCGAGCAAGGCCGUGAGCAAGGCUGCAGCUCUCUGCAUCCUGCCUGUCGAGUGGCUGGUGAGCGCCACUUGCCCGCCGCCCGACACCGCUCUGGUACCCGGCGCGAUGCUCGACGUGCCCGCCGCCUUCCUCGGCAUGUACGUCAUCGCCAUCGGCGCCGAGAUCCCCGACACCAUCCAGUCCGUCACCGUCGCUAAGCGCGGCUACGGCUCGAUGGCCGUCUCAAACUCUUGCGGCUCGCAGAUCGUCAACGUGCUCGUCGGGCUCGGCCUGCCGUUCCUCUCGCGGCCGCCCUGCGCCGCACAGGCGGCCAACCUCGCCGUCUUCGCCUCGCUCCUCAUCCUCUCCACAGCGCACACCUGGCGGCGCGGCGACCACAGGAAGUCGCAGCUCACAAAGGCGAAGGGCAAGGUCCUGAUCUGCACGUACGUAGUCUGCAUCUCCUCCUACCCCAUCGUACAGCGGUGGUGGAGCCCGCACGAUCCGCCCAACCUGCUCGGCUUCCUCUCCUGA